GAAAAAUGUAGUAAUUUACAAUUUUAACAAUCUUUUGGCCAAACUCUAAUUAAGAGAAAAAUAUAAAAUUAAUAAAAAAUCAAAGUUUUUCCUAAAACUUUUUGUUUUCAUGGUUUAGCCUUUGUUUAUCGCGACGGCUACAACCGACUUUCAGCGACUACGUAAAAACCACUCUCAGAGAACUUCUUUCUUUGUCGUCUUUUCUUUCUCCAAUGGAUUCAACAUCGUCUUCAGCAAAACCAUCGGACAAAUCGAAGAUCGAGAAAUUCAUGCGGAGGGUAAUUUCGCCUGCAAUCGUCGGCAAAACGUGUCCGAUAUGCCUGAGAAACCUCGUCGCUCGCCGAACGGCGGUUCUUACAGUUUGUUCACACGCAUACUGCUUGGAGUGCAUUUGCAAGUGGAGCGAUUUGAAAAGGAAGUGCCCUCUCUGCAAUUCCACCUUCGAUUCCUGGUUCUACAAAAUCGAUCUCUCCUCUCCGAAAUUCCUCAAACAGCAAUUACCAGCUCCCCGCGAGGGCAAACCGGUCAUUCCGCUACCUCGGUCCACCGUAACUAAUCGUCGACGGGUUAUUGAAAGAACAAGGGAAGAACUGAACAGUGUUAACUGGAGAACGAGGCAGUUGCCUUGGCGACGAUCAUUUGGGAGGCGAGGGACCGUGGCGCCUCAUGUUGUCGCCGAAAGGAAGCUUCAAUGGCGUGCCAGUGUGUAUAACCGACGGUUGCAAGCCGUGCCUAUAUCUCCUAGGAUUAGUUCUCAGCAGAAUAUACCCAGGAAUGAUUUUGAGAAAGAGAAAAUUCUGCAAAGAAUAGAACCGUGGAUUCGAAGGGAGCUUGAGGCUAUCCUUGGUGAUCCAGAUCCAUCAAUCAUUCUUCAUGUUGUUUCCUCACUUUUCUUUUCAAGACAUCAAGGAAAAUAUGAUAGCUCUUCAGGACAGCUUGGUAUCGAACACGAUUUUCUUGCUCCUUUGAAACCUUUCUUGCAUGAUCGAACCAACAUGUUUUGGCAUGAACUCAGAAAUAUACUUCAGAUGCUUUGCGGAGAGUUCUUUUACCAUCGAAACAUAUGAUGCAGUAGUCGAGUAUAGACAGUAGGAGUAGAUGCUUAGCAAAGUUGCGUCUUGUUUUAACUGAUAUCUCAUCCCGCACCCUUUUCCAUGAGCUGGCAUGCCAUAUCUGGGGCUUAAGAGAUCAGUUCUUUCACAGCUUGUUAUGGUGGAUAGUUGUCUAUUACUUGGGGCUUUGCUUGAACUUCUCAGUAGUCUGCUUAUGGCUGCCCUAUCAGUUGCGUAAGCAAUCAUGUAACAUGACUCAGCUUAGUGAGUGAAGGAUUAAUCAAAAAAUUUGGAAGCUGUGAUUUACCCGAGAGAAGAAACUUGGUCAGUACAAUCUUUUUGCUUGAAGUUGAGAGAAGAACCAAGAAGCAGGCGAAGA